GCCGCGGCGUUCCCGGAAAUGAUCCUCUCCGGCCACCGUUCCCAAGUUCUGUGUACGUCAUUCUUAUGCGGCGGUGUGCUGCUGUAGAAGGAAGGAAGGAUCCCGAUAGCGGUCAGAGAACUAGUUUCUUCCCUCCUCACUACCAUGAAGCCCCCGUCGAGGCCGCGCUCGGCUCCUGCUCGCUACCACUUGGGCCCCGUCUCCCGAAUUUGGACCGAUCGAGAAAAGCGACGCUUGCUCCGGGGCUUGAGAGCCCAAGCUCAGGCGCCGGGUCCUUUGCGGCUGGAAGUGCUGAAGAAGUAUUUGCCUUCAAGGGGUGAAGACGAGAUCAUGAAGUUUGUGGAUCUACUGAAAGAGCGCGUGGCAAAAGAAGUAGUCAAGGCACAGUUUCGAUACCACCAGUGUAAACAGAAGGAUGCCCCUGUUCCUGCACCUAUUGAGGUGUGGACUGCGUUGGCUGAAAAAAUGACAGGAUGCCUUGAAGAUGCUGUAACAGCUGCUUUUUCCCAGGUUUUGACAAUUGCAUCUACUGAGCCACUCUGCUUACUCCAUUCUGUGCCCCCAAAGCCUAUGGAAGUUAAAACCACUAGAUGUUCAUCACCAACUCUUCAUAACAAGAAUAAAUCAAAUGAAGAAACUCGGGAAGCAACUGUAUCAUCAAAUGGAGAAGAAUUAACCCCUGUGAAAAAUGGUGAAUUUCAGGUAGACUUCGAAAAGAUUUACAAAUAUCUCUCAGUGAUCUCACGUGGAUCUAAAGCACCAGAGCUUCCACCAGGUGAAUCAGCUGUGCUCCUAGACUUGUUACUAUCGCUACCAGAAGAGUUGGAGUGUCUGGACUUUAAUAAAUUGAAAAGUCAUAUGUACAAAUGCUAUAGAGAGUUAAAUGGACGCUACACAGGUAAUAAAAACGGAACACAAGCAGAGUCCAGCCAGUCUGUAAACAGUGGCAGAGACCAACAUGAUAUAUUUUUCCAUAUCCACCCAAACAGCAGCUGCUGUCAACAGCAAGAGGGUGCUAAUUCCCAUUCUUCUUCCAAAAAUGAUGAAGCAUCAUCAUCUGCCAUCAACUGGAAAACUCUGGGGAUCUGCCCUUUGAAUUCAUUCAUGUUCCCAUUGGAUCUUUUGACACGUAAAGGAGAUGCUGUUGAGUGAGGGGAACUCCAGUCUGUGCUACUACAAGCCUGCAACAGACUUCUCACAAGUGUUCUGAAAUAUAUUUACUAAUGCAAGGACCAGGCAUAGUCUACUUGCUGUAGCUGUUAUGGGAUUACUACGUUCAACUAUCAUGUUCUGCAUGAUACACCCUUGUUUAAUGUUAAUAAACACUGUUCAAUCAUG